GGACUACCCACGAAAUACAGUCCAUCACUAACAUCCAUUUGGAGUUUUUCUGGUACACAAAAGAAAACGUGUAUCAAUGGCCAAUCCUCUCCUUCUCAGAUAUUCUUCUACCUCGGCUCCAUACCUUCUCCCAUUCACUAGACCCUUCUCUGCAACCACCUCUCUCUCCUUUUCAGUCAAGAUGGAGGGUGGUGAAAUCACCCAGAAAUUUACAGACACAACCCAAGUAGUAAAUGAGAGUGUGAAGAAGAAAAUUUUUGUUGCCGGAGCUACAGGAAGUACAGGGAAAAGGAUCGUCAGGGAGCUGCUGUCGAGGGGAUUUGAAGUCAAGGCCGGGGUUUGGGAUUUAGAUAAGGCGAAAACUGUGCUUUCUGACGACAACCCAGCCCUCCAAAUUGUGAAAGCAGAUGUAACGGAGGGUUCUGCUAAGUUAUCUGAAGCUAUAGGUGAUGAUUCUGAAGCUGUCAUAUGCGCUACUGGAUUUAAGCCGGGUUGGGAUUUAUUUGCCCCUUGGAAGGUUGAUAAUUUUGGCACAGUAAAUCUCGUGGAAGCAUGCCGUAAAAAGGGUGUCAACAGAUUCGUACUUAUUAGCUCCAUUUUAGUUAAUGGAGCUGCAAUGGGGCAGAUUUUUAAUCCUGCUUACAUCUUUCUCAAUGUUUUUGGACUAACCUUGAUAGCGAAGCUUCAAGCUGAAAACUAUAUCAGAAAAUCUGGUAUUAACUAUACAAUUAUAAGGCCUGGUGGACUGAGAAAUGAACCUCCAACAGGGAAUGUUGUCAUGGAGCCUGAGGAUACUCUUUACGAAGGCAGCAUAUCUAGAGACCAAGUCGCAGAAGUUGCUGUUGAGGCAUUACUUAAUUCUGAAUCGUCUUUCAAAGUUGUGGAGAUAGUGUCUCGUGUUGAUGCCCCAAAGCGCUCAUACAAGGAUCUUUUCAGUUCUAUUGAAAAUCGAUGACUUAAUAGGUGUAAUACUAUGCAUGCAGAGUAAUAUUUUCAAACUUAUUUCUCCAAUUCUUUUUUGUUUUUCGAAUGACUUCCUGUUUUUAUAUAGAUAGUCAAGUGACUCUCGUUACAAUGUAUUCCAGUUCAUAAAGGCUGUAGAUAUGGUUAUAUAUUUUGUGCCAUUACUUGAAAAUUUA